AGGAGAAGAAAAAACUAGUUCGAGAAUUUGAUGAGAAACAACGUGAAGCAAAUGAAACGCUGCGGGAAAUGGAGGAAGAACUGAAGUAUGCUCCUCUGCCUUUCCGCAACCAAAUGAUGAGCAAAAUCCGUGCCUAUAGAAGAGACCUCUCCAUGUUCCAGAGAGAGAUGAGAAGCACAGAUUUGGGACUGGGCCCUGGAAGUCAAAGCGAUAUAAAAUAUGGAAUCUUCUCCACAGAAAAUGAACAGAGUACCAAUCUGCAGUCACAGAGGGUGCUGCUUCUCCAGGGAACCGACAGCCUGAACCGAGCCAGUCAGAGCAUUGAGCGCUCGCACCGAAUUGCUGCUGAAACAGAUCAGAUUGGCACUGAUAUAAUUGAAGAACUUGGGGAGCAGCGGGAGCAAUUGGAACGCACCAAGAGCAGAUUGGUGAAUACAAGUGAGAACUUGAGCAAGAGUCGCAAGAUUCUACGUUCUAUGUCCAGGAGAGUAACCACUAAUAAGUUGUUGCUGUCAAUUAUCAUCAUCCUGGAACUGGCCAUCCUAGGAGGUGUGGUCUACUACAAGUUCUUUCGCAGCAGAUGAAUCUUCAUGACCGAGAUGAGUUUUUCCACUGUUGAGGAACCUGAUGGGCUGUCUGUUCCCUUUGACUGACGGAGGAUUGAACUGUCUCAUGAGACAGCGUGUGCAGAUGAAACUGUACAGACACUAGAAAGACAGAGAAUAGGAGUAAAAGGAAAAUGCAGAGACAGACUUGAACUACUGGUAAGACUAAUAAGAAGGUAAUAAUAUUUUAUUGUCUCAAUUUGUAAAUACUUAACUAAAUGAAUAAAUGCUGGUAUGUAAUAAAGUAGCCACCGA